AUGAGUGUCUCAAUCCAACGUGAUUCGGUCGGCGAUGAGACCAUCUUCUCUACAAUCAAGUAUAUUGGAACAGAAAUUCGCGAAGCUCAGCGGCUACGAGAUCUAAAGUUAUCACUACUGAGCGUGGAGGAUCUAUCCUGGAUCGAUGGAGUGAUCACAGAAGCUGAAAAGGCUGCCCACACUUUGGCUCAACUACUAGAGCCAUACCGCAUUGAGCGUGAGAGUCGAGCGGGGAGGCUCAAUAUGACAACUCGUCUACGGUGGGCACUUGGAGAUGGCCAAAGAGCCCGAGAUCAAUAUGCGCACAUGACCAUAUGUCACCAGUCUCUGACCACUACUAUCGCCUUCCUGCAAAACCGGAACGCAUUGAUCCCCGUGGCGACUUCUAGAAUUGAGCCAACGCAUCAAUUAGGGCUGAGCACAGCUCAAUCUCAAACAUUACCCCCAAGUUAUGCUCUCAGCCAAGUUUUGACAUGGAGACGCUCCUGGAAAGCCAGUAGCACCCAACAUCAGAUACGAAAGAAAACCCCCGUUGAACUGGAGUAA